AUUUCUUGGUGAAAUGUCUGGAUGUGUUACUUCCUGCGAUUACAAAAAUAAUCAAUAUUUCACUUGGAACAGGGUACUUUCCUAGAGACUGGAAGGAAGUUAUCAUCAUUCUCCCUACAUUAAAAAAGUCUGGGUUGGAGUCCGCUUUUGAAAAUCUUCGUCCCAUCAGUAAUUUAGCACAUAUUUCGAAGCUUAUUGAACGAGCAGUAUAUAAUCAAACGCACGAUCAUAUUCUUCGAUGUGGCUUUUAUCCAGUUUUGCAAUCAGCUUACCGGCGGUAUCAUUCCAUAGAGACUGCGUUACUCAAAGUACUCAAUGAUAUUUUGUUAAGCAUGAAAAGUUAACGUGUCACUCUCUUGGUUCUUCUGGACUUAAGUUCCGCUUUUGAUACAUUUGAUCAUGGAAUUUUGCUGGAACGGUUAAGGUUGAAAUUUGGAAUACGUGGAAAAGUUCUCAGUUGGUUUUCUUCCCAUUUGUCUGGCCGAAGUCAACGUGUGACGCUAAAUGGUACCAUUUCUGAUCAAUCUGAUUUGAACUUUGGUGUCCCGCAGGGUUCGUAUUUGGGGCCUCUUCUUUUUAUAUUAUAUGCCUCCAAACUGUUCGAUAUUAUUAACAAUCACUCGCCAGAUUCACAUGGUUUUGCUGAUGACACUCAGCUGUAUGUGUCAUUCAAACCUGACUACCCAUGCGAUCAAUGUGAAGCGAUCUCGGUAAUGGAAAGCUGUGUCAACGAUCUGCGGAAAUGGAUAAUUCAAGAUAAAUUGAAACUAAAUGACGGUAAAACUGAACUGCUAAUAAUUGGAUCCAAGCAGCAACUGCAAAAACUUAACCCAUGCCAUCUAGGUGUCGGGAAUGCUAAUGUCCUUCCUGUACCAAUAGCUCGUGAUCUAAGAGUUUGA